ACAAAAAAACAUCACCAGAUCUCCCCAAAUUUUCACAAAAUCAGGGUUUUCCCGUAAACUAAAAAUCGAAAAAUGUCUUCGUUGAAGAGAGUGUUCAACGAGAUUAAGGGGAUGAAAGUGAAGGAUUUGCCGGAGUACGUGAAGCCAAUGCUAUCACGGAACUACGUGAAGUCGGCCUUUCAACGAGGUUUGGACAACUACCAUGCCAAGUACAUUCAGACAAGCUCCAUUGAUCCUCUCUACCAUGUCUGUUUCGGCGGAAUGAUCUUAUCGUAUCUCCUGGCUCUCCCCGAGGAGCGCCGCCAUCUUGAGCACAAGCAACAUGCCAAGGAGCACGGUCACUGAUGAGGUUGUAAUGUGCCUCCUGUGGGUUGAUUUGGAGAUUGUUGAUUGUUUUGCAGUUUUUUCUUUCUGGACAUUUUAUUUGUGGCCAUGAAGAUACUUUCCUCUUAAAUGCAUGCUGCUUUAAAUGAUGAAAUAAGAUACAGUUUAUAAUGAGUAUUGAACUCAAUUUCUUCCAUGAUUGACUGCUGUAUUAAUGGCCAUAUUUUUGUGAUAUUGUUGGUUUUCA